CUCCUUUCCUUCCAAAAUCAGUCUCCCUAUCUGAAAGGCUAAAACCCUGACCCUGAGCUAGACGAAGAACCGAGAAUGGCGUUCAGAGCAGCGAUACGGAAAUCGGCAUCAACUUUGGCCCCACUCGUGGGUCGAGCUAUUAGUCGUGUUGAAGCUCGCCGGAGCUUCGGUUCUGCAAUCCUCACAGCUGCAGGCGGUCGCCGCGGUUGUAUUUGCGGGAGAGGACACGCUGGUGUUUCGCAUUUAUGCGGCUAUUCUACAGCUCCCGUGGUGAGCAACAAGCCGGCUGCCGGCGAGUCGCUCCUCCGAAUCAUCGAGGAUGAAAUCAAGACUUCCCAGGAGACUGAUGAUCACGAUCAGGUUGAGGAUGUUCCAGCAGGUUUCCCUUUCGAGAUUGAGGAUAAACUGGGUCAACAGACACUAACACUGACAAGACAAUACGAAGGUGAACAUGUUAAAGUUGAGGUUCACAUGCCUGAUCUCGUCACCGGUGAAGAGAAUGAUGUUCGAGAUGAUGACGACGAUGAUGAUACCGAGAGGCCAACUCAGUCUAGCCUCCCGUUGGUUGUCACUGUUACCAAGAAGAGUGGAACCUCUUUGGAGUUCAGCUGUGUUGCUUUUGCAGAUGAGAUUGCAAUUGACAGCUUGUCGGUGAAGAAACCUGAAAACAAUUCUGAAGAAAUGGUGUACGAUGGACCAAACUUCCAUGAUUUGGAUGAGAAUCUGAAGAAUGCUUUCCAUAAGUAUUUGGAUAUACGAGGAAUCAAGCCCAGCACAACCAAUUUCCUCCACGAGUACAUGAUCAACAAAGACAGUAGAGAGUAUUUGGGCUGGUUGAAUGACCUCAAGAAGUUCGUGCAGGCAUGAAAGUUUAUCGAAAGCACUUCUUCGAUCUCUUUGGCCGAUGCAAUUUCGAAUUCAACACCGUUUAGGUUUACUAAGUCUGGUGUGGAGAUGCUCGUCAUUAAUGUUGGUAGAGUUUCUCACUGUUAUAGUAUCCGCGGUUAGUGCUGACUCUGCUGGGCAGCUUUUUGCUUAUCGAACUACCGGUGGUAAGUGCUAUAUGUUCAGAUGAGAUGUUGCUUAUGAAAAAGUGAAUUUGGGUUCUCUUUCAUGAGUACAUGUAAACAAGAUGCUGUAUCAGGUAGACCAUCUGUGGCUUCGGUGUGAAAGAAAAGAACUUUGGGAUGUAUUUACUGGUUCCUAGUCGUCUCUGGUUGUUCGGAACUAGCUCCUGGACGUUGGUGUUUUUUUCUUCGUCCUUUUGGUGGACACUGAACACGUACUACAUUGUGAAAUCUAAGGUAGUAGCAUUCCAAAUUUUUAUUUUUAUCCUAAUCGAAGUUAUGCAUUUUUAAAAUAUAUUUUUUAGAUUUCUUCC